AUGAGUGGUAAUAUGCUAAAGCCUGCUAUGUCGAAUCUUUCUCCGGCACAAAUGCAAGAAAUCUCCGAGGCUUUCGCACUUUUCGACAAUGACAAAGACAACCGCCUUUCUCCCUACGAAUUUAAAGUAGCUCUUGUAGCCCUGGGCUUUGAACUCAAACCAAUGGAAAUUUCUGAACUCCUUCAAUCCGUCGACUUGACAGCAGAUGAUAAAAUUGCCUUUAGGGACUUCUUCUCCAUAGUAAAAAAAUUGAUCCAAGAACGCGACCCCAUCACCGAAAUCGUUCAAGCCUUCAAACUGUUCGACGAGGAGUCAAGCGGCAAAAUCUCCUAUCGAACGCUCAAGAAGAUUGCCAAGUAA